AUGCCACCAAGAAAGGGAAAAGCGAAAGAGGAACAGCCGGUAGUCACUCUUGGUCCGCAAGCAAAAGAGGGGGAGUUAAUUUUUGGUGUUGCUCAUAUAUUCGCCUCUUUUAAUGACACCUUCGUCCACGUCACAGAUCUUUCUGGGCGAGAAACUAUUGUCCGCGUGACUGGAGGCAUGAAAGUUAAAGCAGAUCGUGAUGAAGCUUCCCCUUAUGCUGCUAUGCUUGCUGCUCAAGACGUUGCUGAACGUUGUAAAGCUCUUUCGAUCAAUGCAUUACAUAUUAAAUUACGUGCGACUGGAGGGACUAAAACGAAGACGCCAGGUCCAGGAGCACAGUCUGCGUUGCGUGCGUUGGCUCGCUCUGGUAUCAAAAUUGGACGUAUUGAAGACGUAACUCCAAUCCCGUCUGACUCCACUAGGAGGAAGGGCGGCCGUCGUGGUCGUCGUUUGUAA